CAUCCCAUGCGCACCAUAGCACUACACCAGUCAUGCUCACGCACAACGAGGCUCUCUACGCAAACAAGAAACACCCACUCAAGAGUGAGUGAGACUCUCAGAUCUGCUGCGCGGCCCUGGCCGCCAAAUUCUUCUGCACACCGAAGAGGGCACGCACACAUCACCCCAUCACCCAUCCCAUACGUUGACCUCCCCCCUCGUGCCUGCCUCUCUCCCUCCCUACCUUGUGCAGUUCUGAGAACUGUUCGUGUUUCUCGAGCUUGUCCUUGCUGGGGAACUUCCGCAUACACACAUAGCAUAUCACCUCCGUCACUGCCGGCGCCGCAGACACCACAGCAGGAGGGGGCGCGUCGGCGGCUGCUGCUGGCUGGGCAGGGGCGGCAGCAGCAGCAGCUGGAGCAGGCCUGUCUUGUGCAGGAGGGAUGCCCGUGCCGCGACCGAUGGCCCCCCGGCCCCUCCCUCUCCCACCACCGCCAGGCAGCCCGCGGCCGAGACCUGACGUGGUGGAAGCUGCGACUGUGAGCUUCAACGGGCCUCCUGAAUGGGGCGGUGACGGAAACAGGUCAUGGAAAUCGGUCAUGUGAGUGUGUGUGUCUUACGGGUGUCGCCAGUGGCGGCCGAUGAUGACGCUGCUGCUGCGGCUCCUGCCGUUGUGUCGCUCCCGUUGCUCUCUGUGGUGUCCUUGCGCUUCUCCUUCUUGGUGUCCUUGCGCACGAGCACAUGGGGGGUGGGGGCUGGGGCCGCCUUGGCCGCUGCAUUGCAACAAAUGGCAAACAUAGCUGGAUGGAUGAUGGUGGGCGUGCCGGUCGGCCAUCGUUGUCAUUGACUGACCUUCCUGUGAGGCUUUGACGGCCUGCUUGGCAGCCUUGAGCAUCGACACGAUCGCAGACGCCUUCUUCCUGCACACCAGACACACGAGGCGUGUAUCCAGCCAUGAUGAGAGUACCCAUCCCUCCGUCCCUCCCUCCGUCCCCCGUCUUUUGUCCCUGUCUCUUGCUUACUCCUUGUUCUCUGCGCGUUUCCGCGCCUCCUCUUCUUCGUCAACUAUGGACAUCGCCAGAGGGUCGAGGUACGGCACCUCCACUGGUGCUGCUGCCGCCGCCGCUGAUGCUGGUGCUGCUGUGGGUACUGGCUCGGCCGUCUUCUCGUCCUGGGCAGUGGCGGAGGUGUCGCCCUCCUCGCCGGUCUUCUCUGUCUGCUUGAGCCGUGCCGCUGCCGCCUCGACAAUCAGCUGCUGCGUGUUCUCGCCUGUCAUCAGCGGCGCCUGGGGGAAGAGAAGGCAGCACAAGAAGAAUGAAUGUGUCAGUGGUCGACUUUUGUGUGAGUGUGUGACGCACUCACCAGCUCAGCCUUGUCGGUGUCAUAGAAGUAAUACUGCCCCUCACUGCACAGAGAGACGGACAAGGAAAAGUAUCAAAGCAUCAACCGGUUUCCUUUUGUUCUCGGGUGUGCUGUGCUGUGUCCUACGGUGUAAAGUAGAGGCCCGUCUUAGAGUCGAAAUACAUGCCUGAACAAACAAACCCACAACCAGCUCGCACAUCAGAGAAGCUCUGCUAAUGGCGAAGACUUCCUCAUGCCAUGGGCGCGCUGCGUACCGAGGUGAGAGGCGAACCAGAGGCCAGUCUUCUCGUCAAAAGUGGGGGGCGGAGGCUGGUGCUCUGCAGCCAUACACACACACACACCGAACCAACCGCCAUCAAUCCAUAAAUCAGCCAUCUUCCCUCCCUGUUGUGUGUUCGUGUCGCUGACUGACCUGCGGCGUUUUGUUUGUCGUCAUUGUUAUCGUUUUCCAUGGUGAUGGUGGCGGCUGCCGAUUGCUGGUGUAGCUGGCCUUGCCACAUCUUCAUGUAGUUUUCCCACAUGUCUUUGUUGCAGCUGCGGUCGUACGACUGCGAGAGACCACAGACAGACAGACGACAACAGACAGCCAGAGGGACGGCCGGCAUGAGCAAGAGCGAUGAUGACUGUCAUGAGAGAGCCAGUGGAGUGAUAGGGGUAACGAUCGAGGGGUGGGGUGACAGGGGGGCAGGGCAGGGCAGGGAGGGCAGCCAGGCGGCAACGCAACACGACAACAACACCGCCCCGCCCGCCCGCCCGCCCCCUGCCCGCCCGGCCCCGACACUCUGGUGUUGUACUCACGAAAUUCAUCGACUGAGCCGCCUCUAUGGCUUCCCUAUGGUUAUAACACCCACACAGAGACACACAAACAAACAACGGAUGGAUGGAGGGAUGCGUCAGGGCGUGGGUGUGAGGUAGGUGUGGGUGAGUCUCGUCUAACGUACUGGCCAUAGGUGCGUAGGGGGUUGUCCUGCAUCUCCAUCUUCAUCACCGCAGCCAAACUCUCGUCCUGCACACACAAGACACAACACGACACAACACAACACAACACAACACACGCACCAACAUACAGAUGCGCCGUACAGGAAGCCCUCCUGUCGCCGUCUCUUUUCUGACCUUGCCGUGCUUGGCAUAAUGGGCCCGCACAGACUUGUUGCCGACGCGACUACCUGAAACCAUCCGACUCGUGCCCAUGCCGUCGACCGAUCGACCCACCCAUGCAUCACCUGUGGCGAGGAAAGCGGUCAAUGCCGCCUUGGCCUCCUCCCUGCUGUAGAACUCGAUGAAACAGAAGCCUGUCAAAAAAGGCGAUAGCACCAUGACACAUGGAAGGAAUGGAUGUGUGUGCUCGCGCUUUGUCUCUCUCCGCACGUCUCUCACCUCUGCUGACGCCGGUGUUUUUGUCCCUGACGAGCCUGAGGUCCUUGACGGUAGCGAACGGCAUAAAGGCAGCCUUGAUCUGACAGACACCAGCGGACAGAGACCGAGUGUCAGUCUGGCGCUCAGGUUCUUCCCCUUCUCUCUCUUUCACGUCAUCGUCUGUAGAGUUCGGAUCGAGGCCCUUGACAAUCAACGUCUGACACACACAGAGAGAGAGCCGGCUGAUUUCAUCCCUUUUCCCUCGGUGAGUGGGUCAUGUGUGUGGUGGUGACACACACCAGUGCUGGUUCCUCUGCGAGUGGGUUAGGCGAUCCGUGGGCUAUGUGGACGCAGUUGGGCAUCUUCGGCUCCCCACACUGCUUGCACUCGGUCCGCUUCGUGAAGUUGAUGUAGUCGCACUGGCUCACACACAACACACACACACAAUACACACACACCGUGAUCAUAGCUGCAUUCAUAAUAUUGCGCCUGAUCAAUGUGUGGGUGUGUCGCUCGCUGACUUGACGCACUACUCACCUUCGCACAGAUCCAGUCCAUCUGCUGCUGGCCGUCUUUGCCCGCCCCUCCCUUGUCCCACCACUGCCACUGCCCGUCGCCGCGCCGCCCCUCACGCGCAUCCUCUCGCGAGAAAUCAACGGGGCAAUCGACGCCCUUACCCAGCUCAAACACACCAAACGUCGACUGACACACAGACACAAGACGGCACAUGACAUGAAUGAAUGAAAGACCAAAUGAGAGAGUUGGUGUCCUGGCUGUCUGUCUGUCUGGUUACCUUGAGGAAGGUACUAGCGUCUUCUACAGUAGCGAAUUCGAUGAACCCGAAUCCCCUCGACUCGCCCGUGCCCUUCUGGCGGGCGAUGCGCACUGAGAUCGGGGGGGCGAAGUGCUCACGACCACACAUCGCACGCACCGCCGUCUCUAUCUGAAUGACCGAACGGUGCAGAGAGAUAGCCCACGUGUGGAUCCACUCACACUCUGUGGCGUGGCCACCCUGGUGUGUGCGUGAGAUGCGUACCUGCAGCUCCACUACGGUCGGCGGCAGCUUCCGAACCAUGAUCUGAUUGACGACGAGAGGGCAACAAUUGUGGCCGAGCACCUCACAUCAAGAAAACACGUGCGCCGUGUGUGUGUGUGUAUGUGCUGACCGUGGAGGCUGGCGGCACGACCGACGCGAAUUCGGUGCUGCCCCGUCCGUCCCCGCCGGCAUACCAGUCCUGGAACCCCUCGUCUCCUUUGCCCUGACCCUGCUGUUGCCCCUGCUGCCGCAUUACCUUGCUGUCCCACCUGCUGUCACGCUUCCUAUCUCCGCCACCGCCCGCACCCCGGUCCCUGCUCCGGCUCCGAUGCCGCGAGUGCUGCUUCCCGCGCCCAUCACUCCCAUACCCGUCAUCGCCGUCCUCAUCCCGCCUCUGCCACCUCUUCCUCUCCCGGCUGUCGCUCCUGCUGUCCUCCUCCUCCUGCUGGUAGGACGGCGCUGUCAGCCCUGGCGCACUGCCGAAGUCCAGAAAGGGUGUGUGCGCCCCGUUUUGCUGCUGGAUAUACUGUUGAGCCAUGGCCAUGGCGCUAGAGGGCGGCCGUGUGGGUGGAGGGGGAGGCUGGAAGGGCGUCUUGGGCGCCGCUGGCAUGUAUGAGGCUGCGAAGAAACCCUGCGACGACGGCGGGGGCGGUGGGGGCGGAACUUGUGCUGGCUGCUGGCCAGACUGAUACAUUACUGACUCGUGGCCUGUACGCUUCUCCGCCCCUUUCACG